AUGGUUAUGAGUAUAGAGGACUUGAACGACGACUGCGUGAUCGACAUCCUGUCUUACUUGCCUGUCCUGGACCGACUUAGAUCCUACAGAGUGUGCAAGCGCUGGAAGACACUGGGCGAGCUCUCGUGGCAAAAGACGAAAGCUCUGAGCUUGCGCCGUGACUUCUGGGGCCUGAGCAGCGAGAGCCGCUUCAUAGUUAACCGCCACGUGCUCAAAAAGCUCCUCGAGAUCUGCGGCCGAUACUUGGUCCACGUGAGCUUGUCCAACGUCGUCCAAAAGAGCGGCCUCCCAGACACCAACGUUCGCGUCAAGUCGUGCAAGUUCGUCUUCACCCUGAUCCGCGAGCUCUGCCCGAACGUGCGGUCCAUCGACGCCGGCGAGCCGGUCCAAGACUGCACCCUCGAGUACGUGGCCUCGCACUACUCCGACCUCACGCACUUUGCCGUUCGCGAGGCCAAAAAUUUCGAGCCCAUCCUGGCCCUUCUCUUCAGCAACAACAGGAACUUGAGACACGUCCGGCUCGAGGGCUGCCGCAUCAAUGGCACCUGCCUCCUGGCUCUGAACCCCCAGGCGCUGCGGGAGUUUUACUUUGUCGACAAUCAAGUCGGCGAACCCCAGCACCUCAUAGACGCACUGGAGGGCUUCAGAAACAUCCGCAUCUUGAACCUGACGCGGGUCGCCGUGGAGGACGACCAGGCGUGCAUGGACCACGUUCUGGAGGCGGUUCGUCAAAACGCGGCGAGCGUCGAGCACCUGUACCUCAAGUUUUACGAUAACCAUAGGGAGUACAUAGAUCCCUCGUUCGUGGCUGAGUUCACAAACCUGGAGAAACUCCACAUCGACGGGGACAUCAUCGUGAACGACAAGUUCCUCGCGAUCGUCGCCGCCAACUGCACGAAGCUCAAGAGCUUACAGCUGUCCAAUUCCACGUGCUUGACGGAUGCUGGUAUCGCGAGUAUCGGAGGCUUGCCGGAGCUGCGGUGGCUGUCCUUGAACGCGCUCGAAGGUACAACCGACGGGGCCCUGGGUGGCUUGGUGAACCUGCGGCUCCUGGAAGUGCGGCGGUGUCCCAAAGUCGGGGUCGGCGGGUUGUCGAAGCUGUUGGGGUCGUCGCGGAGCAUCGCGGCCCUCUGGUGCAUAUGCUGCGGCCGAGUGCCUGCGUCGGAGCUCCUCGAGGCGGCUUGGGACCCGACCGGCACGCCCCGAAACUUGGCCCUGAGAAUCGACAACUCGGACAGCGAGGACUCGCCCUUCGUCACUGACGUCCAAACCCUGUUCGCUUCCGAGGACCGCGUGGUCAGGCGGGUCAGGCAGCUGUGCUACGAGUGCUUCAAGUCGCCCAGUGACGCCUGCGACGUUUGCUGCAACCUCGAGAACGAGUUCACCGUGCAGAGGACCUAA